AUGCCUAAGCGCCCCACCAUAGGUUCUCAACCUGAUUUCCAGGCGCUUCGUGAUCACCAGAGCCAAAUUCCGGCCAGUUCUUCAACACAAAAUGUAUCCUCGAGCUCAACUUCUUUCUCUAUCUCGCAGGAGAAUCAACCCGAACUCGACAAAACAAAGUCCUGGAGUAAUUUCGUGGGUGGCGGAUUGCUUAGUGAGGAUUGGCAAGCAGAGGAUGAUGAUGAUAGCUACUAUAAAUCGCAGAUUCUGGAUGCCUUUGGGCUAGAGCAUGUUCUUCAAACGCCGAUUCUCUGGCAGCACAGUACAGAUACACUUGCUGUGCUGUGUACCACUGGGGUGUACGGAUUUGGAAUCGACUUUGAGUGUGGGUUCUUAAUAUCAGAUACUGUUGAAGGAGCUAUACAAUACAUGACCGUCCACGGCACACGGCAGCAAGGUCCAACAAGGAGAGCACAAGGGUUCUACGACGUUACCGCGGAUGAUAUCUUCGGAAAUAAAUUCGGAGAUGACCUAUCAAAUACAGACAAAUAUUACGAUUCUGGGUUCGAGGACUGCUCAGAUGAUGAGUUUUGA